AUGGCUCAGCUCCUCGACGACUUUGCAAAGAGAGGUGAGGCAGAAGUUGUCUACUUAAGAAAAGAUAGAGAGAGAUGGGGAAAAAGCUGGCAGCUUGUCGGAGUAGAGGACUGCAUGCACAGGAGUCGACACCAUUCUCGUUAUGCAAUUUUUCAAGAUUUAGAUGAACGAAUUUUAUCCCUGGAAAACCAGACUCUUGCACAAUAUGUUAUGAAAGCGAUGACAGAGAGACCAAAUAUAGGAAUGCUUCAGUUUCGAAGCACUUGGGUUGUGUGCACUAAAAAACCACCGGACAAGUACGAGGGAGAAGAAGCGCUGAGAAAUCAUCUGCCGACCUUGGUUUAUGACAAAAGCUCAGAUGUAGAACCUCCUGGAUCCAUGGCAAAGUGUGUGGUAGACACUCGACGAGUACUACUUUUUGUGGUUCAUGCAGUGUACGUCUAUUUUCCUGGAUACGAAAGCGCCUGUGCACCUCCUGACAGAGCCAUAAUAAGGCAUUAUCGCGAUCUCACCUUCAACGAUCGUCGAACGAAGAAAAUGCGUGGUUAUCCAGGAUAUGCACCAUGGUUAACAAAAAUAACCAAUGGCAAUUUUACAAUCACUCACUAUCCUUCAAAUCUGAUGAAGCAACUCUAUCCCAGGAUUAAAAAACGCCUUGAGCGAGUUUAUCGUUGA